UUACUGGGUUUUUGAGCUUUUCUGCUACAGCCCUUUUUAUAAUACACUUGGUUUGUGUGUAAAGCACCAAGCUUUGUUGUUUUUUGGGAUAUUCUUCACCUGGGUAUUGGCUAAAACAAGUUUUCUUGAAAUAAAGUUUGAAUCUUUUUAUCCAAUAAGCAUAUUUUUUUUUCAUAAAAUAAAAUGGUAACAGGGAGAAAAAAAAGGUUACAUUUAAGCAAUAUAUAUUCAUUUAAAUGUGGAAAAAAUAAAUUUGAAGAUGAUCAUUCACAAAUAGGAGGGCCUGGAUUCUCAAGAGUGGUUUAUAUUAAUGAAAAUGAAGUAUCAGAAGUUGGAAAUCAAGAUGCUUAUAUAGAUAAUUAUGUGAGGUCAACCAAGUAUACACCAGUAACUUUUGUACCAAAAUCAUUGUUUGAACAGUUUAGAAGAGUUGCAAAUUUUUACUUUCUUGUUACUGGGAUUUUAUCAUUUACAGAGCUUGCUCCUUAUUCUGCUGUUAGUGCUAUUCUGCCUCUAAUUGUUGUCAUUGGUGCUUCUAUGGUCAAAGAAUUUAUUGAAGAUUGGCAAAGGCAAAAACAGGAUCGUGAGGUCAACAAUCGAAAAGUGAAAGUUCAUCGUGGUGGAGGUGUUUUCGAACCUAGAGAAUGGAAAACACUAAGAGUAGGAAAUGUAGUGAAGGUACAAAAAGAUGAGUUCUUUCCAGCUGAUCUUGUGUUACUUUCAUCGAGUUAUGAGGAUGCUGUUUGUUAUGUUGAAACAAUGAAUUUAGACGGUGAGACAAAUUUGAAGCUAAAACAGUCAUUGGAUGCAACUUCUAUGAUCCAUGAUGAUUCAAGUUUUAAAGAUUUUAAAGCUACCGUAAAAUGUGAAGAUCCAAAUGCAAGUUUAUAUACAUUUGUUGGAACAAUGGAGUUUGAAGAACAGCAGCAUGCACUUUCUCCUCAACAGCUUCUGUUACGAGAUUCAAAGCUUAGAAACACAGAUUACAUAUAUGGAGCUGUCAUCUUCACAGGUCAUGACACAAAAGUGAUUCAGAACUCUACCGACCCACCUUCAAAAAGAAGUAGAAUUGAAAGAAGAAUGGAUAGUAUUAUCUAUUUCUUGUUCUUCGUCUUGUUCCUUAUGGCGUUUGUGGGAUCCGUUUAUUUUGGGAUUGUAACGAAAAGAGAUUUGAAUGGUGAUAGACAGAAAAGAUGGUAUUUGCGACCAGACGAUGCAGAUAUCUUUUUUGACCCGGAUCGAGCUCCUGCUGCAGCAAUAUAUCACUUCCUCACAGCUUUAUUGCUGUAUACUUACUUGAUACCGAUUUCUUUAUAUGUUUCGAUUGAAAUUGUGAAAGUAUUGCAGACGCUUUUCAUUAACAACGACAUUCAUAUGUAUUAUGAAGAAGCUGAUAAACCGGCUCAUGCCCGAACCUCAAAUUUGACUGAAGAACUUGGUCAAAUCGACACCAUUUUAUCAGACAAAACCGGGACUUUGACAUGCAAUUCUAUGGAGUUCAUCAAGUGUUCAGUGGCUGGGACUGCAUAUGGGCGUGGUGUUACAGAAGUCGAGAGAGCUAUGGCAAAAAAAACGGGAUCUCCGUUGAUUGUUAAUGGUAGAGAUCAACUUCAUGAUGAUGACGAUGAUGAUGAUUCUACAUUAGCUGUUAAAGGUUACAACUUUGAAGAUGAAAGAAUCACAAAUGGCUACUGGAUUCAUGAACCUAAUUCAGAUGUCAUUCAGAAGUUUUUCCGUCUAUUGGCAAUUUGUCAUACGGCUAUACCCGAUGUUGAUGAAGAGACAGGUAAGGUUACAUAUGAAGCAGAAUCGCCCGAUGAAGCUGCUUUUGUUAUAGCAGCAAGAGAACUCGGGUUUGAGUUCUAUAAUAGGACACAGACAACCGUUUCUUUCAUGGAGUUGGAUCCCAUAUUUAAGAGAAAAGUCGAAAGGACAUAUGAGCUUUUAAAUGUUCUAGAGUUUAACAGUGCAAGAAAGAGAAUGUCGGUAAUUGUUAGGGACGAUCAAGGGAAAUUACUUUUGCUCUGUAAAGGUGCUGACAGUGUUAUGUUCGAUAGACUUGCUAAAAAUGGGAGACAAUUUGAAGAGAGUACAAAAGAGCAUGUGAAUGAGUAUGCCGAUGCAGGCUUAAGGACACUUAUUCUUGCUUAUCGUGAACUCACUGAGGAAGAAUACAAAGAAUUUAAUGAAAAGUUCAUAGAAGCCAAGAACUUAGUAAGUGCAGAUCGAGAAGAUAUGAUUGAUGAAGUAACUGAAGGAAUCGAAAAAGAUUUAAUACUUCUUGGUGCCACUGCUGUUGAGGACAAAUUACAAAAAGGGGUGCCUGAAUGCAUUGACAAACUUGCUCAAGCAGGAAUCAAGAUUUGGGUUCUCACUGGUGAUAAAAUGGAAACGGCUAUUAAUAUUGGAUUCGCAUGUAGUUUGCUUAGACAAGGCAUGAAACAAAUUAUAAUAACCUUGGAGUCCCCUGAAAUCAUAGCAGCAGAAAAAGCUGGAGACAAAAAUGAAAUUGCAAAGGUCUCAAAAGAAAGUGUCAGAAAGCAGAUUUUAGCAGGGAAGGCUCAGCUUACUGCUUCAACCACUGACCCUUUUGCUCUGAUCAUUGAUGGAAAAUCUCUAGCAUAUGCUUUGCAUGAUGACAUUAAAAGCACAUUUUUGGAGCUUGCUGUAGGUUGUGCAUCCGUUAUCUGUUGUCGAUCUUCGCCAAAACAGAAGGCAUUGGUUACCAGACUUGUUAAAGAGGGAACUGGAAAAACGACUUUAGCAAUCGGCGACGGGGCAAAUGAUGUUGGUAUGCUUCAAGAAGCUGACAUUGGCAUCGGAAUCAGUGGUGUUGAGGGAAUGCAGGCGGUUAUGUCAAGUGAUAUUGCAAUUGCUCAGUUUCGGUUUCUAGAGCGUUUACUGUUAGUGCAUGGACAUUGGUGUUACAGAAGAAUUUCCUCAAUGAUAUGCUACUUUUUCUAUAAGAAUAUUGUAUUUGCGACCACAGUGUUUCUAUAUGAAGCUUAUACAUCAUUCUCGGGUCAACCUGCAUAUAAUGAUUGGUAUCUGUCUCUUUACAAUGUCUUCUUCACGUCACUUCCUGCCAUUGCUUUGGGGGUUUUCGACCAGGAUGUUUCUGCACGAUUUUGUCUCAAGUUUCCAUUGUUAUAUCAAGAAGGUGUUCAAAACACUCUCUUCAGAUGGCGUCGCUUAUUUGGGUGGAUGCUAAACGGUCUAGCUAGUGGCAUAAUGAUAUUUUUCCUCUGCACCAGAGCCUUAGACCCAGAAUCAUACAGAAAGAACGGAAAGACUGCAGGAAUGGAUGUCGUAGGUGUCACAAUGUACACCUGUGUGGUAUGGGUCGUCAACUGCCAAAUGGCACUUGCGGUCAGCUACUUCACAUUAAUCCAACAUAUCUUCAUUUGGGGCGGAAUAGUGCUGUGGUACCUCUUCCUCUUGGCCUACGGUGCAAUGCCCCCCAACCUUUCAACAACUGCAUACAAAGUUUUCGUAGAAACAGUUGCACCAGCCCCAUCAUACUGGAUUGUGACCCUUUUUGUGGUAUUUGCUGCAUUGAUACCUUACUUCUCUUACAAGGCAGUCCAAAUGAGGUUCUUCCCAGCUUACCAUGGAAUGAUACAAUGGAUUAGAUACGAAGGUCACACAGAUGAUCCAGACUACGUUAACAUGGUACGCCAGCGUUCAAUUAGGACAACCACUGUUGGGUUCACGGCUCGGUCCAUAGCAAGGGAUAACAACUUGUAUAACUUGAACUUGGAGCGACAAGCGACGACUAAAGAUGACCGAAGUGCUAAUGUAUAAUGUUUACAGCUUAAAAUUAGCAUAAACUUCAGUAUACUUGUUUUUUGUACAGGAGCUGGUCAGGCGUAAAAGAUUUUGGUGGUAGUCAUAUUUUUUCGAUGUACUUUAAUUCAUUUAAUUGUUGUAGCACGACGACUAGAUUUUCGUCGAUCAAUUUCCUGAGUUUCAGGCUGUGAAGUUUAGUUGUAAAUUAGGGAAAUUGUACAGAUUGAAGAGAAAAAUCAUGUUUUAAUUAUAAUCAUAAGUUCUGUUUUAUGUUA